GGAAGGACCAGGAGACAGGCGUGCGCGUGCUGCUGCUGCAGCCUGUGUCUUUAAACGCAGGAGGAGACGAUUGUGUCUCUGAGAUGUAGCCUGCCUGGCAAAUCUGUCCAAACCCACCUACUCCCGCUCACUGUCAUCACCCCGCUGAGGACGGAAGGAAGGAAGGGGCUGGGAUGCCGAUGGUUUCAUCUGGGUGGCGCCUAGAAAGGAAAGUUCUGUGUGUUUUUGGUUAAUGUGUCACAGAGGGGUGCUCUCACAUUCACAUCUCCCACCGAGGCUCCGGACUGAGCGUCCUCUACGUCCCCGGAGACGGUUUCCUCAAGAUCCACCCGCUGUUAAAACAACUCAGCACGGAAGAGCCAAAACAGAAAUCUUAAGAAAUGGAUCAAGAUAAUCCGAGCCAAAGCCAGACGCAAGAAGACAACCCAAAUGGAGCAGCAGAAGCUUUACCAGCACCUCCGGCUCCAGGAUCAGGUACAGCGGCUCUAGCCGCUGAUUCCGCUGCUGCUCAGCCUGCAGGUCCCACCAGGCCUCGGCGGCCCCAGAGGAGCACCAGAGUGGAGGGCUCCGUCGACAUAUCAGAACCCAAAGCUGAACCCAGUCCACUGUCUAACCAGGAAGAGUGCUCUCCUGAUGGCACAGUGGCAAGUCGUCCCAAACCCUCCCGUGGUCCAGCCGUCAAACCCUUAGGAGAGCGCACCGGGCCCAGCAUAAAGGCUGGUCCUAAAGGUCCAGGCCACCACCCGGUUAGGGCUGCCUCUGUCCCCCACCCACCUGCCAGCAAGCCUGUGCCUCCUCACCUGAACCCUCAUGCACAGAGAGCCCUCUCUGUAGCAGGCACUGCUGACACUCAGACCCAGUCUGUGGAGGACUUCAGGGUGCACAUCAUCACUUGGAAUGUGGGUUCGGCCACGCCACCUGAUGACAUCACUUCCUUGCUGGGGCUGAACGUGGGUGAUGGAAACACAGACAUGUACAUUAUCGGGCUGCAGGAAGUGAACUCUAUGAUUAACAAAAGGCUGAAAGAUGUCCUCUUCACAGACCAGUGGAGCGAGGUCUGCAUGGAGAGACUCAGCCCCUUUGGUUAUGUGCUGGUGACCUCCCAACGGAUGCAGGGGUUGUUACUGCUGGUCUUUGCCAAGUACUUCCAUCUGCCCUUCCUCCGCGGAGUCCAGACUGAAACCACCCGCACUGGCCUGGGGGGUUACUGGGGGAAUAAAGGUGGUGUGAGCGCCCGCAUGUCAGUGUUCGGCCACACCAUCUGCUUCCUCAACUGCCACCUGCCGGCUCAUAUGGAAAACUCAGAUCAGCGCAUGGAGGACUUUGAGAGCAUCCUGCAGCAGCAGCAGUUUGAGGGUCAGGCGGCCACCGGGGUUCUUGACCAUGAUGUUGUGUUCUGGUUUGGGGAUCUCAAUUUCCGCAUUGAUGACCUGGACAUGCAAGUGGUAAAAUCAGCCAUCGAUAACAACAAGUUUCCAAUGCUGUGGGAAAAGGAUCAGCUCAAUAUGGCGAAAGACAGUGAGACAGUGCUGGAGGGUUUCCAAGAAGGGCCACUGAAAUUCCCUCCCACCUACAAGUUUGACGUUGGAACAAAUACAUACGACACAAGUGGGAAGAAGCGUAAACCAGCUUGGACCGACCGGAUCCUGUGGCGCCUGAGAGCCACCGCACCUGCCGGCCCAGUUCUCGGAGCAGGGAAGCGUGGCUCCAUUUCAGGGCUGACCAGCGGGACCAAAGUGACACAGCACUACUACCGAAGUCACAUGGAAUACACUGUCAGUGACCACAAACCAGUCUCCUCCAUCUUUACCCUGCAGUUCCCGUACAAGGUUGAUAUUCCCCUGAUCACACUCAUAGUGGAGGAUGAGUGGAAUAGCAUCGCUGAUGCCACAGCAAAAUUCAAAUUGGCGCCCAACUUCUCUCGCAGCUCCUGGGACUGGAUCGGGCUGUAUAAGGUGGGCUUCAAACACCAUAAGGACUACGUGGGUUAUGUGUGGGCCAAGCAGGAGGAAGCUGACUUUCAUCGACAAGAACAUCAGGUAACCUUUACCGAGGAGGAAUUGCCCAAAGGCUCAGGGGACUUUAUCUUGGGUUACUAUAGCAACAACAUGAGCACCAUUGUGGGUGUAACAGAGCCAUUUCAGAUCCAGCUUCCCACUUCAGGUCUCGACAACAGUUCUUCAGACAGCUCUGACUUCAGCUCUGAGGACGACAGCACUGUUGUCCUCAUGAAGACGAGGUCCCGCAGUCCGAGCCCACGCAAGAGCAAGCACCGCAGCCAUCGCAGCGGCAGCGGCAGCCACAGCCGCUCCAGCAGCCCUGCACAGACCAAAAUGAAAGCUCUCAAUGUCACUGAUGGUUCGCCAUCCAGCACCGGUACAACAGCUGAGAGUGAGUCCACAGGACGUCCAGCAGAGGGCAGCAGCAACCAGGUGUCUGCUCCUGGGGAGAAAGAAAAAGACACAGGGGAUUCAGGGCUGUGAUGCACAACCGAGUCCUGCUGUUAUCACAGGUCACAUAGCCAGCUGUCGUGUCUUUUAUUAAAUACAUCCAUACACUGUAUGUUUUCUGUAAUGAAAAUAUACAGUUUCUGAUGCCAUCCUUUUCAGGAACAGCCAUCUGGUUUGUCCAGAAGGCUUACUUUGCCUUGAGUUGUUCUAUUAAGCUGUGCACAUUGUAUAUUUUUUAUUUGUAAACCUUUCACUCUCUCCUGUGUUUCUUAUGCGUUUGUCCGUUCUCAGGUGUGGACAGUACAGGGAGCUGACACCUUGCAUUAGGAAAUACUCAAGGAUUUAUGGUCAUGUAGAGUAAAGAUUGAUUACUUAGUACUUUAUAGGAACCAUCCUCCCUGUAUUCCGACGAUGGUUUGAAACUCUGCACUGAUGUAUCAGUCAUGUCAGCAGACUGCAUACAGGCAUUAGAAAACGCUCUUUGAGAGAAGGAAUAUGACAUACUUGACAUAGACAUUGCUCACAAAUCACUAGUUUGCUUUAGUUGUGGAACAUGUAUCAAUUAUAAAACAGAUCCCCUCAGACCAAGAGGACCAUAGAGACAGUGCACAGCAUCACAAGCUCAGUCAACAGUUGCUAACAUUAUUCGUUUCUGCAAAUCUGCAAAUGGAGAUAGCCAUACAGUUUGACAUGGCAGUAUGGCUCUACGCUAGCAGAUAUUCCCUGCUUUGGAAAUUCAGCAUACACUACACAGCAACAGGAUACAUAUCAUGCAGGUAGCAUUUCAAAUGAUCCACCAAUGGGAAUAAAGUCCUUCCAGGGUGCAUAAAAACAGGGAAGAACCAAAGUAGGUGGAGACUCGGGUUCAGGGGGCUUGGCCCCUAAUCAAGGCAACAGAGCAGCAUGUCAGCGUAGCUAGUGUAUGUGAGCGUAACGGCCUUUAAAUAGACCACCAGAUCGGUGCAGUGGGAUGUGAUGGGUGUGGGAGGCUAGCUGUCAUCAGACACUGCAUAGCUGUCUUGCCAGAACUAGUUCAUGAAGUGUUCGCAACUAGCUCUGCUGGGCCAACUACAGUGGGAACCACUACAGCAAUAUCUGACACAGGAAACGUGCAGUAUAUUGCUUUGAAAUGGGCCUUAUCUAACUUCACAGCAGCAAAGUCACUUUUUCAGAAUCCAAAAAACACAUGCAUUUGUUUUGAAUCAGUUUUCAAUACGUAUUAAAAGUUUUGACUGAUAAUCAAUCUGUAUAUGUCUGACAAAUGUGAGCAGGAACUCUACCAUGUAGAGCUACUACAGCACUUUGCAUUAUACUGCAAGUAGUAUAAUCCAAAGCUGACAUGUUCCACUGUUGUGAAAUAUUACAACACUAUGUGAUAUUUCAAAUAAAUGAAAAGGUCAUAUCUAUUUAUCUCUUUUUAUAUGAUUUUGACUUUUGCUUUCUUUUUUAAGUUCACCGUUCGUGUGUUUGUGUUAUCUCUCGCUCAGAUCCUCUCUUACUGAUCCUGGUGAUUAGCUGACUAGUUGUGUUGCAUUCUUACCCUGUGACCUCUGAUGCACCAUCUUAGACAUUUUGUACUUUUGGGCUGUUAGUGUAGGACAGUGUAUACUGUUGUAGCUGUGACCUCAGUGUGUAUGUCUGUAAUCAGUUUUUGUGUGUAUGUGUUUUUAUGGACCUGUGCGUAUGUGUUUUGGACGGUGGAGGUAAUGUGCGUGCGUGCGUGCGUGCGUGCGUGCGUGCGUGCGUGUGCAUGUGUGUGUGUGUGUGUGUGUGUGUGAGGGAAUGGGGUGUGACUGUGCUUGCAUGGUUUGCUGCUGGACAUACUGUACAUUCCGGUACUGUGAUUUUUGUGCCGUAAAGUGCUGUUUUUGACUCCUCUUUGUUAUAAUCGUGGCUGUGAAAAUUGUUAGAAAAACAUGGUAAGGACAGUAUAAAAAUUUAACUUCAGUAUAAAUGUUAGGAGAAGAACAUGCAGGACAGUUAUGCUUGCAUAAAUCUGAAAUUGUUUCAAUCAUUUCAUAGUGCAUUCAUGUAUUUUCUUGAUUUUGAAAUGGAAAAUCUAUUGGACCUUUGUGUAGAGUAAUAUGUUUAAAAUGUUAAAGAUUGUAUGACUUUGUCCUACUUUAGGUCAUUUAGAUAAGUAUGAUCAGUUCUGCAGUCAUGACUUGUGACUAUCUAUUGUGAAAUGUUAAUGAAAAAAAUGCUCUGUCUACAGAAUGUUAUUGUUUUGUAAUGAUGUGGCUAAAAUAGAAGAAAUAUGUAUGUAAAGGACUAAUAUUAAGUAUGGUAGAAAAGACAAAAUAGGAGACAAUCUAUGCCACAAAGAUUAUUUUACUUAAAUUAUGUAUUUAUUUUCUUAUUUAACUGUUAAAUGAGCCUGAAUUCUGCUGGCCAGUGAGGGAGCAUUAUUUCAAUGGAAAUGUCAAAAUGAUAUAAGAGAAUAUUGAGAAUUAUUUUCUUUUUCUAUUAGGAACUAUGAAGAGACAGUUUGAUUUCUCCAGUUUCCAUUUUAGUAGAGUCAAAUGUUUUAUUGUCUGAAGUGUAGAUUGUUUAGUCUACAGGUCUUUGUAAAAUUGUGGAUAAAUUGGGCAAAAAAUAGAGCAAGCCUGUGAGAUAUUGAUUGUUGGCACAUGGAAAUGGUUUUUAUCUGUGUGGAGUCAUCUGAUCAGUGAGGCGACAAGGUUUUUUUAGGGGUUGCUUGCUUUGUUCUCCAACCCAAAAAACUAGUGCACCACUGUCCAAAGAAAUAAUAAACUCCCCUUCAAAUUG